GCAUCUCCUCCCACCAGCCCACGAGCAGCUACAUCUCAGGCGUGCAACUCGCUUCUCUCGCUCCAGGCUACAAUCUUCAUUCGAAGCAAAUUACAUACAAGUCGUGUGAACGACGAACAAGAUGAGUUCACCACUCCGUCCCAGUCGCUCUGCUGCGAACCGCGGCUUAGGAAGUCUGAAUCGGCGCAAGAGAUCAAGAGAGCCCGAUGAUGAGACCUCUUCGAUUGUUCCUCCGUCUAGCCCCCCCCCUUCUUCCCCUCCCAUGCUCCCGUUCGAUGAUGACAACGAGAUCGACGAUGAAGGGGCGGAAUUCAUAGGUGAUAUCGAUGACAUCGAAGAGAUGGCUGAGGAUGAGGAUGGUAUUGAUCUGUUUGGCGACAAUUUCGAAAGAGAUUACCGCCAAGGCGGUGCCGACGAUCGCUACCAGGGCGAGUACAUCGAUGAUGAGGAGGACCAGGAGGAGCUUGAUCUUGCUACCCGUCGACAGCUUGAAGCUCGCAUGAACAGAAGAGAUCGCGAACUUGACCGUCGGCGCCGUAUGCCUGCAGCUUUCCUGCAAGACGAUGACGACGAUAGCAACAUGGAUCUCACUCGUCAGCCUCGGCGCCGAAGACAUCACUAUGAUGAGGACCGUGAAGACAUUGAAAUGGGCGACGAUGCUUUAGAGGAGCUUACUCUAGAAGAAUUAUCUGACAUUAAGGCGGACAACAUCACCGAUUGGGUCACGCAGCCUCAAGUUUUGCGUUCCAUCUAUCGGGAGUUCAAGGCCUUCCUGACAGAAUUCACGGACCCUGCCGGUGCUUCAGUGUACGGAAACCGGAUCAAAACCCUCGGUGAGGUGAACUCUGCCUCCCUCGAGGUCUCAUACAACCAUCUCAGUUCCACCAGAGCCACUCUCUCCUACUUCCUCUGCAACGAACCCACCGAGGUUCUCAAAGUGUUUGAUCAAGUUGCUCUUGACGUCACCUUAUUCCACUACCCACAGUACCAUGACAUCCACAACGAGAUUCAUGUGCGCAUCACCGACUUGCCGCUCUGCUUCACUUUACGAGAGCUGCGCCAGUCACACCUCAACUCGCUCGUCCGCGUCACUGGAGUUGUGACCCGACGGACAGGCGUCUUCCCUCAACUGAAAUACGUCAUGUUCCUGUGCCAGAAAUGCCAUACGACUCUUGGUCCCUACCAACAAGAGGCUAAUACCGAAGUGAAGAUCACCUACUGCCAGAGUUGUCAGUCCAAGGGGCCUUUCACUGUCAACUCGGAGAAAACUGUGUACCGUAACUACCAGAAGUUGACGCUGCAGGAGUCCCCUGGCUCUGUACCCGCCGGGCGGCUACCACGCCAGCGGGAAGUCAUCCUUCUAGCUGAUCUUAUCGACUUGGCAAAGCCAGGUGAUGAGAUUGAGGUCACUGGAAUUUACCGAAACAGCUACGAUGCACAGCUCAACAACAGGAACGGAUUCCCCGUCUUCGCUACCAUCAUCGAAGCGAACCACGUCAUUAAAUCCCACGACCAGCUGGCUGGCUUCCGCUUGACGGACGAGGAUGAACAAAAAAUCCGGGCCUUGGCCAGGGAUCCUGAUAUUGUUGACAAGAUUAUCCGAUCGAUUGCGCCCAGUAUUUACGGACAUCAGGACGUCAAGACCGCCGUGGCUCUGUCACUCUUCGGUGGUGUCAGCAAAGAGGUGCAGGGUAAAAUGUCACUCCGUGGAGACAUCAACGUCCUGCUUCUAGGUGACCCGGGUACCGCUAAGUCCCAGGUGCUGAAGUACGUCGAAAAGACGGCUCACCGCGCAGUUUUCGCUACGGGUCAAGGUGCCAGCGCCGUCGGUCUGACGGCCAGUGUGCGUCGUGAUCCUCUGACAAGCGAGUGGACUCUGGAGGGCGGCGCCUUGGUGUUGGCAGACCGUGGAACAUGUCUGAUCGACGAGUUCGACAAGAUGAACGAUCAGGACCGUACAUCUAUCCACGAAGCCAUGGAGCAGCAGACCAUUUCCAUCUCCAAGGCCGGCAUUGUGACAACACUGCAAGCACGAUGUGCAGUUAUUGCCGCUGCUAACCCGGUGGGCGGCCGCUACAACAGUACCAUCCCCUUCUCGCAGAACGUCGAACUCACGGAACCUAUCCUGUCCCGUUUUGAUAUCCUCUGCGUGGUGCGCGACAUGGUUGACCCCAACGAAGACGAUCGUCUAGCGAACUUCGUCGUGGAGUCUCACCACCGCGCCAACCCCGCGCGCCGUCUCCGCGACCAAGACGGCAAUUUGGUCAACGAGAACGGCGACCUCAUCGACGAAGAGGGGUACCGGAUCGAUAGCAACGGCGCGCGUCUCCCGCUGCUGGAUGACGAGGUGCGCGACCGCAUGGAGAGCAAACGCAAGGCAGAGGAAGAGAACGCGGGCGAAAUCCCCCAGGAGCUGCUGCGCAAGUACAUUCUUUACGCGCGCGAGAAGUGCAAACCGAAGCUGUACCAGAUCGAUCAGGACAAGAUCGCACGGCUCUUUGCCGACAUGCGCCGCGAGUCGCUGGCGACAGGCGCGUACCCGAUCACCGUGCGCCACCUUGAAGCCAUCAUGCGCAUUGCCGAGUCCUUCUGCAAGAUGCGCCUGUCCGAGUUCUGCUCCGCGCAGGACAUCGACCGCGCCAUCGCCGUCACGGUCGACUCCUUCAUCGGCAGCCAGAAGGUCAGCUGUAAGAAGGCACUCUCUCGGGCAUUUGCCAAAUACACCCUCUCCAGACCCAAACCGCUUUCGAACCGCAGAGCAGGUAUUCCCGCGCCAGAUCCCUACAGCACGAGAAGACAGCGAACAGCAGCUCGGUAAUUCUGUGGUCUCGUCCUACAAAAUCUCAAACGUCAUGACCCAUCGUUUGUUCUAGAUAUCCCGGCGUAAUUAUGUAUUGGUCUUAUGGAAAAUCCUUUUUUUCCCUUUUUUC